AUGUUGAAGCUUUACCUUAAUGGCGUCUUCUGGUUUUUGUUAUGUCUUAAUUAUGCUUCCUCUCUCACCUCCGAUGGCCUCUCGCUGCUCUCUCUAAAAUCCGCAGUUGAUGGCGGUGACACCGCCUUUCCCAACUGGAACGACGACGACAGUACCCCGUGUCAGUGGACCGGCGUCACGUGCGCCAACAUUUCCGGGGUUUCCGGACCACGUGUUGUUGGUCUUUCUCUUGCCGGGAAAAAUCUCCGGGGUUAUAUUCCGUCGGAACUCGGGAAUUUGGUGUAUCUCCGGCGACUCAAUUUACAUGGGAACAAUUUCUACGGCUCAAUUCCAGACCCAAUCUUCAAUGCAACGUCGCUUCACAGUAUAUUCCUUUACGAUAACAACCUCACCGGUCGUCUACCGUCGUCGAUUUGCAAUCCACCUCGUCUCCAAAACGUCGAUUUAUCUCAUAAUUUACUCACUGGUACCAUACAGAAGUUUCUAGGUAAUUGCCGGCAGUUGCAGCGGCUAGUUCUCGCCGGCAACAAAUUAUCCGGCGAAAUCCCGUCAGGAAUCUUCCCGGAGUUAGCGAAUUUGGUUCAGCUUGAUAUCUCUUCAAAUUCUCUCAACGGAUCGGUACCUUACGAUAUCGGCCAAUUGAAAUCGUUGUCGGGAACCCUAAAUCUUUCUUUCAACCGAUUCACCGGAAAGCUACCAGAAUCUUUAGGUGAUUUGCCGUUGACCGUCAGUUUUGAUCUCCGAGACAAUAAUUUCACCGGAGAAAUACCACAAACAGGUUCUUUCUCGAACCAAGGCCCGACGGCGUUCUUAAACAAUCCAUCACUUUGCGGAUUUCCGUUGCAGAAAACCUGCCGGGAUAGUAAUUCGGCAACUCCCCCAGGAACCCAGAGUGUUACGCCCACCAUCGACGAUAAUGAUUCCAAAAAGGGGUUGAAACCAGGUUUAAUUAUUCUGAUUUCAGUGGCCGAUGCAUUUGGUGUUGCGUUAAUUGGAUUAAUUAUUGUUUAUUUGUAUUGGAGGAAGAAAGAUUCAAAUGGUUGCAGUUGUACAGGUAAACGUAGAUUUGGCGGAAAUCAGAAAUCCAAAUUCUGUUCAUUUCCAUGUGUAGGUGGAUUUCCCAACACAGAUUCAGAAAUUGAGUCGGAAAAGGGUAGCGGCGUUAGUGUUAGUGGUGGCGGUGGUGGUGGUGGUGGAGAAGGAGGAGAGCUUGUAGCGAUUGAUAAAGGGUUUAGUUUUGAGUUAGAUGAAUUGUUGAGAGCUUCUGCUUAUGUGUUGGGGAAGAGUGGUCUGGGGAUUGUGUAUAAAGUGGUGCUCGGAAAUGGGAUUCCGGUAGCCGUGAGGCGGUUGGGUGAGGGCGGUGAACAGCGGUAUAAGGAGUUUGUGGCGGAGGUUCAGGCAAUUGGGAGGGUGAAACAUCCAAAUGUGGUGAAAUUAAGAGCUUAUUAUUGGGCUCCCGAUGAAAAGCUGCUGAUCAGUGAUUUCAUUUCUAACGGCAAUUUGGCUUCCGCAUUACGUGGUCAAACAUCAACGGUCCUGUCAUGGUCAACAAGGUUGAGGAUCACGAAAGGAACUGCCAGAGGCUUAGCGUAUCUCCAUGAAUGUAGUCCUCGAAAAUUUGUUCAUGGAGACAUCAAGCCCUCGAACAUUCUCCUUGACAAUGAGCACCAACCGUAUAUAUCUGAUUUCGGUUUGAACAACCUUAUUAGCAUCACCGGUAACAACCCGUCAUCCUCAGGCGGCUUCAUGGGUGGGGCCCUUCCAUACUUGAAGUCAACUCAAACGGAAAAAGUCAACAACUACAGAGCACCCGAAGCCCGAGUGUCAGUCAACCGACCAACACAAAAAUGGGAUGUCUAUUCUUUCGGUGUAGUUGUGCUUGAACUGCUAACUGGAAAGUCGCCUGAGCUUUCAUCUCCCACAACCUCAACUUCUACUGAACUCCCGGAUUUAGUGAAGUGGGUAAGGAAAGGUUUUGAAGAGGAAACUCCACUAUCCGAUAUGGUUGAUCCGAUGUUACUUCAAGAAGUACAUGCAAAAAAAGAAGUGCUAACAAUGUUUCACUUAGCCCUUGCGUGUACUGAGCGAGACCCUGAUAUUCGACCCCGAAUGAAAACGGUGUCUGAGAGUCUCGAAAGGAUUAGAACAUAAGUCAACUAAUAAUGAGUUGAACUAUGUUUUUUUGAUCAAGGAUAAAUAAGUUCUAGUUAAUUGUCAUGUUAUUAUUUGUUGGAAUGUAACAGAAAAUCAUAUUUUUGGUGAUGGGAUGGUUCACAUUGGUGGUUGAAAGAAUCUUUCAUUUUCUAUGAAAAGGAAGGUACAUUUUAUGAAAGGACAUUGGUCGUUCUUUAAUAGGAA